AUGUCAGGCUUUGACGUUGCUGCCGGGGCCGUUGGCUUCGCAUCGCUUGGGAUACUUGCACUCCAAGGAUGUAUCAAAGGGUUUGUUCUGUUGUCGACAGCACAGAAUUUUGGCCAGGAUGCCGAUAUGGUCCGGAGCGAGAUCGAAUUCGAGCAAUAUCGGCUAUACAAAUGGGCAGAAACAAUCGGAUUAGAAAGCGGGUCACCAUCUCGCAACAUGGACUGGGAGAUUGUCCACGGACACCUGAAAAAACUUGAGACGCUGCUGAAUGACACAGACAAUUUCAAAUCAGAAUAUCGACUAGAGCUCGUCACAACGGAGGAUAAACUUUCAUCGGAUGAGGUCGCACCCCCCAAGAAAAGCUUUCGGCAUCUUUUCAAGCCAAGUUUCCAUAACGAAACUGCUCGGACCUUACAGAAAGGAGUCAAUGUCUGGAAACGUUUGAAGUGGGCUGCGAUCGAUAAGGACGGCGUCAGCUUGUUGGUCAAUGACGUUCAUCGAUUUGUAGAAGACCUUUGGAACAUGCUGCGGGAUGAAGACCUUGCGUUUAUGAGGAGCAGUAUGGAGGCUCUCAUGAGGCAUGCAAUAUCUCAGACACAGGGCCCUAAAGAACUCUCAGAUCUUGAAAGACUUCUCAACUUCAAGCGCCAGGGCGACUCUAGAUUUGAGGAUGCCGCCAUCCAAUCGGCCCUCUCCUUGAAGCAACGUAGUGUAGUUCUUGGUUAUCACGAGAACACUGAAACCUGUUCGAGCAAUUCAUUUUCUUCAAAGCCGCUCUCAAACAGUCUCUCAAGCGCGACCCUUGUUAGACCAUCAAGAGGCUCAACCAGCCCUAGAACCUCGAUUGCGACAAGGACCAGGAAUCCUGGGGUGGCACUGUCGUACAAGUUCUUGAAGACAGAGCCGGGUUUGGGUCAAGAUUCGAACUCGAGGCAGGUGGGAUAUUACGACGGCAAAUUCGUGCUUGUUGAGUGGAAGGUGGUGGAUAGAGGAGUCGAAACCAGGCUGAAGUAUCGCAUCAAAACUCUUGCAGCCUUGCUCCAAGAGAUGAGCUCUGCCCCAUUUCACUCCUUGACAUGCUUGGGGUAUUUGAAAGAUCCAAAGUCCGGAAACUAUGGGUACAUAUUCCAGGCUCCGCCCGAGACAACCAAGUUUAUGUCUUUGGAGAAAUUGUUAAUUGGCCAUACUCUGGCCCCGAGUCUAGAUGAUCGCUUGGAUUUGGCCAUCGCUAUGACCGAGACGGUGCUCCAGCUACACACAGCAGGGUGGUUGCACAAAGGUGUGCGAGCAGACAACGUUAUCUUCUUCCAUCAAACGACAAUAGAUAUCACAAAAGUCUAUCUUGAGGGCUACGAGUACGCGCGAGCCGAUAACCCAACUGAUAUGACAGAGGCUCCGGUCCCAGAUCAGGGGGCAGACUUAACCCGGCACCCGGCAUUGCUCAGAGCCAACCGAGCGCCCUUCCGAAAGGCAUUCGACCUGUAUGGACUGGGUUGUCUUUUGCUGGAGAUUGGACUUUGGGAGCGUUUACCGACGAUUCUGCUGCAUUUUUCACGAAGGGAACAUGACCCCACGAUGACAGCACGCGUGUCACAGACAAGCUUGAUAUACGAAACGAAGGAAGAGAUGGUAAGAGUGAACAAGUCGAAAGGAAAACUUCUCACAGAUACCGGGCCCGGAAGUGUCGGAAAAGCUUUGGAAUUUGCGGCAGGAAGAACAUUCGCAAGUGUGGUGCGAUCAUGCCUGUCUGCCGCAGAUGAGAAGAACGCCAGCACGUCUGGGGACUUGGGUGAAAAAGAGGAAGAUAUAGAUCCGGACGACGAAUGUAUUGACCUCGAAAUAGAGAUUCUCGAGAAGCUGAAAAGGUGUCGGUCGUAG